CAGAAGUUACAUCCGCGUUGACUAACGUUACAACCGAAGCAACAACAACUAGUAACGUUACGACUGUUGUAACUACAAGGGCACCAACGCAGGCACCAACCAACACUACAAGUGAAAGCGCGUCUACAACGUUGACCACAACAGUUACGUUUGAAACCGUUUUCUCUACAGAAGAAGUGACGACAAAAUUAGCAAACAUUACAACAACAGCGGCAAUGGCCGUGACGUCAACGGCAAAUGCAACAUCAGUGGCAAAUACAACGACAACACUGACAACACAAAAAUCAACCUCAGAGGCCCCUACAACAUCAAACGCAUCGACGACUGCAAGUUCAACAUCAAAGGCACCUACAACAGUCCAAGCGACAACACUAACACCCACGGUAGCAGUAACAACAACAGCAGCGGUGGUGAACAGAACAGAAAAUGUUACAACACAGGCGGUCACCAACGGGACAACACGAGCGCCGACCACUACACCAACAGUCGUCACAACUGCAAUUCCUACAACACCCGCUAGGCCAGAGGGACCAAGGAAGGUCGUCCCUGCAGGACUCACGAUGCAACUGGAUUUCAACUCAAAUUACAAUGACAGGAACUCUGUUGAAUUCACUACCCUCGCCAUUCAAGUGGUGGAAUCGCUUACAGCAGUCUAUGUAGGAAUCCCAGGAUUCAUUGAGGUUGUAAUCAUCAAAUUCGUAGACGAGUUUGGUUAUUUUGUUGCAGAGUUGGAGCUGGUCUCCACCGACUCGUCCUUCUGCAGCCUGCAGUGUGGGGAGGGGGGUGUGUGUGAGCUGGGAGAGAAGUUCCCGGGUGUGGUGAUAGCGGAGUGCGUGUGUCAGGAGAACUACUGCUACGCCGGCACGUGUCAAGUCAUCGUGGACCAGGGGCCUAGAUGCAGUUGCCCGGCAGACACGCUGUCCUGGUACCGGGGUGACCGGUGUGAGGUCUCCCUGACCCAGGCUCAGGUGAUCGGGUUUGCUGUGGGCUGUACCGCCGCUGUGUUAGUACUCAUCAUCCUGCUGGUAGUGUGCAUGGCCAAACGGGCCAGGAACAUGCUACGGGCACAGAAAGCCAGGCGGUAUAGAUACGACAUGGGCGGCUUUGUACUGGGAAAUGGCUACAAUUUACGACAGCUGGCAGACACCGGGUUUUUCUCCCGGACGGGUCGGUACACCCUCCCGCACACAGACAGCACGGUGUCCAGUCGGCUCUACACCUGGAACCCUACUGUCAAGAACAUACCUGGCGGAGAUAUAAAAAUCCCGCGUGCACAUGCAGCUGGAAAGGUCUUCCCGAAACAAGAGCAGAUAUACGCGCAGACCAUUGAGAUGCGGUUCUGAGGUGUCUGCUAUUACGAAUAACUACAUCACAGAACCAACAGCGCACUGGCUGAUCAUAGCUCAAAUGUUAUUUUUAUAUUAUGUAAACCUGAAUUGUCCUUGUUAUAUCAGGAAAGAUAAAGUAUAUAGUUUAUGAAAGUAUAUCAGAUAUAACUUUUCAGAUAUGUAUAUAUCGCUUAUUUGUUAUUGCUCGACUGGCCUUGUAUUAUGAAUGUUUAGUGGCAAUUGCCUCUAGCUACAUAUAAGCAUGUGCCACUGUAAGUUAUCUGUGUACCACUACCAAAAGAUUAUUCCUAAACUUCUGAAGAUUCUUAAAUAUUUAGAUUAAAAUCUAUACUCAAUACUCCCAUCCAAAAUUGUUGUAGUAUUAUGAUUGGUACAUGUAUAAUGUAUAGUACCGUUAGGCUAACCGAGAAAUAUUAU